GUCAUGCGAUCAACAAGUGCGCAGGUGCAGAGUAAGAGAAUUUUUACCGUUCACACACAACACACGAUGGAGCGGGGGUCUUAAGAUUUUAACAUUAAAACUACGACUUUUAAUUUAUAUCAAUUACCUAGCAUGCUUGGGGAUUUACAUUGGAUUAUUUUAGCGAGCUGACCAAGGGAAAUCGCGAACCAAAAUGUCUAGACUUAUACGGUUUUUGAGCCGAAGACGAACGGGUCGCGGGAUUCAGAAAGUUGGGGAUGGAAAGCCAAGAAAGGGAUGCAUCAAUUGCAAAAUAAUCCUACUGGAUGGAACGGAUAUCAGCAUAGACAUAGACAAAAAAGCCUUAGGCCAGGAACUUUUAGAACGUGUAUACUACAAUUUAGAUCUGAUAGAAAAAGACUACUUCGGUCUGCAAUAUUCAGACGCGGCUGGAAUAAAUCAUUGGUUAGACCCAACAAAAAGUAUAAAGAAACAAGUCCAAAUUGGACCACCCUACACACUCCGGUUACGAGUGAAAUUUUACUCAUCAGAACCAAAUAAUUUACAUGAAGAACUCACAAGGUAUCAGUUUUUCCUUCAGUUGAAGCUAGAUCUUCUAAAUGGUAGACUGGAAUGUCCAUACGAGACCGUGAUAGAACUAGCAGCAUACGCACUACAGUGUAAGUAUAUUAUAGUGAAAGGUCGCAUUCACAACAGCAGACUAACAGAUCCGGGGAUCAAAUAUGAUGAAAGCUUGCCAAAUAAUCCCACAAUAGACACUGAAUAG